UACCUGAAUGAUGGCCUCAAUUUCACCUAAAAUAACAUCUUCAUGCAGUUCUGGACAGUUAAAUAGUGAUGUACUUUGUCAGGCUCUUUCCACUCUCAGAGGAAUUGUGGAGUCCUGUUAUGGCCCAUUUGGUAGACUAAAACUAAUUCACAAUGCUGUAGGAGGCUACGUUCUAACCACAUCACAGUCUUCUGCGCUUUUGCGUAAUCUUUCUGUGUCCCAUCCUGUGAUGAAGUUGCUAAUAGCUUCCGUGCUGAAUCAUGUUUCUAGAUUUAGUGAUUCUGGACUUUUUACAGCGAUUCUCUGCUGUAAUUUGGCUGAAAAUGCAAAACAACUUAAUGUACCAAGCAGUCACAUUGUCAAAAUCCAUAAACACCUUCUGAACAUUUGCCUUGACUAUCUAACUUCUGAGGAAUGUAGCUGCAGAAUACAAAUAGAUUUUAGUAACAGCAAGACUUUGCUUUCACUUGUUCGUACAAUGAUAAAUAAGCCUACUUGUAUGUUGACUACAAAAGAAGCUGACUACAUCAGUUCCUUAGUGUUAAAGGCAUUCUUUUACACAAUACCAUCUGUGAUUGGAGAUCAUAUAUCUUUGGGAAAGAUGCAGAUUGUUCCCAUUGAGGGGCAAAGUGUUUCUGACUCCUGUGUGCUUUCUGGGAUCCUUAUAGAGAUAUUUUCAUCUCCUUCAACAAAAGUUGAUAUUACAAAAUUGACAUUUGGUUACAUUAAGAUUGCUGUAUUCAAUGUUUCCAUGUCAGGAGAUGUUGUUGACAGUGGGAAUGGAACCUGGGAGGUGACACCAGAUUUCAGUCCUGAAGAUGAAUCACUUGCACAGCUGCUGAAGGUGGGAAAACAGCUAGUUUAUGACCAAGUUCACCUUGUUUUGUGUCAGAGAGUGAUCCAUCCUGUUCUAAAACAAUAUCUCCAGGAGCAACAAGUGAUGGUAGGAGAUAGACUUGGAGUUGCCCUCAUGGAGCCUCUGAUUCAAAUGACAGGUGCACAACCCAUUAGUUCAUAUUAUCAUCCUAUUCUCCCAAACUGCUAUGGCAUUGUUAAGAACCUGCACAUUGUGAAGUUUGGUUUCAAGCAAUUCCUGCAUCUGAUCCCAAAUGAGAAUAAGCCUGUGUGUAGUUUGUUACUAUGUAAUCGAAGUGAAGCUGGAGUAAAUGAGCUAAAGCUUGUCUGUCAAUCUGCAGAACAUGUGAUGCGACUUACACUCAAAGAGCCUUUAGCUGUACUGGGAGGAGGGUGUACUGAAUUCCAUCUCGCUACUUAUGUUGGACAUAAGAGCCAAACUGUGACUGAUGAUAAGUUAGCAGAGUUGGGCUGCUCUCGAUCUGAAUAUGGAAUUGUUGCUGACAGUUUCUGCCGCUCAUUGCAGCGUACUGCCUCUUCACUGGAACAUGAUGGUGGUGAGAACUUCGUUGAUACUAAGUAUUCCCAUCGUUGGUCAGUUCUGCCCAAGAUGCCUCUGCACACAGAUUGGUCAGAAGUAUUUUCGAAAUGUGCUUGUGGUUUAUACACAGCAGAACCAAAUCUAAACUGGAUUAUUUUAGGUAAUAGGGCAGAAACAGUAAGCCUAGAAUUGCCCCUUGAGAAACCCAGUGAGUAUUUCCCGGAUCAAUUAGUAUUGGACUCUUACUUAGUGAAACUUAAUGCUUUGCAUGUAGCAGUAGAAACAGCAAAUUUAAUUGUUGAUUUACGGUAUGUUAUUCAGGACCAGAAUUAAACUUCUGGAACUCUGAAAUUCCAGCCCAUGCCAGCACAAGACCUAUAAAUAUAACUUCCAACUUAAGGUCAUAGGCAUAUCUACUAUUAUUUGCCAUGACACCUAGAAAGAUGUUCUGAUAACAUUUCAGAUAUGUAUUAUUUUGAACUAAAGCCAAAUGUUUUGUAUCACGACUUGCAUAGCAUGGUCAUGCUGUGUGUUAAUGUAUUAAUUCUCCAUGUUAAAGUACUGACUCACAGAGCAAAUUUGUGGAAGGAUGUUAGUUUGAUUUCUUCUCCAGUGAACCAUACAAGGCGCAGGCAUAGUAUUUUACUACCGAGAGAGGAAAUGUUGGAUGCAACACUGAAAAAUACAAGCUGGUCAAAGAGGGAAUGCACAGUGUAUGUAACAGAUCUCUGCCCACUUUUACAUUUCAGAGAUGUUGCAGUCAAGAAUCUGCAGACACAAAGAAACAAUAUAGUUUUAUCUCUAAAACAAUAUAGUUGAGCUCAAGAUGCUACAUUUUUUUCCAAUGUAGAAAAUAUUAAUGCUAUCCAUUGGUCCCUUAUGUAUAUUAAAAACAAACAUCCAA